UUCCAACUUUGGUUUUUAAUUGUAAUCGACGGCAAUGGACUGCCAUAAUAUUAAAAGGAUAUUUUCGACGACCUUGUGGAUAUAAUGGAUGUCAAAGUUUCAAAUUAUUUACUGCCUGCUAUAACUUCUUGUUAAUAGGGCGAUGAUAAAACAAUUUGGCGCUGCUUAACGAAAUAUAAAUGAUUUCCAAGAUUUUUCAUUGGUAAUUGGAUUUCCACUAUUAAAAAAAAAUAAUUAUCGAUCACCAAUCAAUUUGGAGUUAAUAUAAAUACCCACAUUGAUCCAGAGAAAAUUGUAUUGUUAUCACUUCAUUCGUGAAGUGACAGCCCGGCAAAAUGUUGCUAUUGACGUUGGCGGUGCUAUCGUUAGGUUCUCAAGUCAAUGGUAUUCUCCCAAUAUUACUUGGAGUCGGGAUUCCACAAAAUCUGCAGAAUUUAUGGAGAGUCGCCGAAUUCGUACAUGCAUUGGGGGGUAAAGUAAAAGACAGUUAUGACGUCUAUGAUGCAAGUACAGACGAUACCGAUAAGAAAAUAGACAAAAUAUUGAGCGAAGUGAGUGCAGUAUCCGCCCAGAUUGGAGGAUUUGAAUCACGUCUUAACCGCCGAUUGGACGUUAUGAUGGAAUCCUUGUUCUCCCGACUUACGCUCACUGAGAAAUUAAAUGCCGCAAUUGCUGAUGUGCAUAAAAAUAUUGUGAUGGUUGAUGGACUGUGGGAGAAUUACCUCGCGUAUUCCAAGAAUUUGUCGAUUUAUCACAAUAAUACGAUAAAGGCAUUCAUAGAUACAGCGAUUGGAAUGCAUGGUGGUCUCCAAAGUUGGCUCACUCAAAUUUAUGGAGUGUUUAUCCCAGGCAGAACAGGACCUGUUAUGGAGAGUUUGUUCUUAAUACGUCAGCAGAUUGAAAAAGUAAGUCAACUGUUCAAUAAUUUAAAAAAUCCUAUACCACCGAAAUUGAAGAAUGAAAAAUUGUCACAGGAAUUUGCAUUGAUGAACUGCGAUGAAGGCCUUUCACCUCAGCUACAACUCUACCAAUUGUAUGAUAUGGCUGCUCUUACUGAAUUAAGAGGAUACAUCAUGGGUGCCUCAGCAUAUGGAUUACAGGCAAGGUUCGAUAAAGUCAAGUAUACGGCAGAAGUGGAUAUAAUUGAGAGUCGAUUCAUAUCGAGAACCAAGGAUUAUAUGUUAUCUGUGAAAGCCGCAAUGAAUACGUCUUCCAAUAUCAUUCGCCGUUGUGAUCCCAAGGGCGGACAUAAAGAAGGUCAAACAUAUGCCGAAAUGCGCCGACUCUUCCAAACUUAUCUCGUCAAUGAAGCAGACAUGAAUUCUGCUGACGCCUGUCAGUACGAUUGCACUAUGCAGCCCGACACAACAAAUCUAAGGAGGGUAAAUUAUGCAGAGACAUACAGGGACCAACCUGAUUGCAAUGGUAUCAUUACAAAAUGCGCUCCUGCGACUAGAGAAAUAGAUAUUUGUAUUCUGGGGGAUGGUUAUCGAAGGCGAUAUCAAUGGAUCAGGGAUGCUGAUGGAAAUGUCUGGGGGAAUGAUACCGAAUGUCACGGCACCAAGAGGACACUGUCAUCAUGGAGACGUGCGUUCGUCUUCUGUGAUUAUUGUCUUUGUACCUGUGAAGCUACCAGGAAAGGAAACCCAACACAAGGGAUCAUCAAUUUUCUUCCUUCACAGGCAAACAUAGAUGAGAAUAUGGUGGUCGUGGGCAUGAAAAUUGUAAAAGAAGAUAACGUAAUUCAUAUUCAAAUCAGAGAAGGAAAACUUUUAGCAAAUGGCCAAAUUAUGAGGGAUAGUGAAAGGUGGGUAGGUGUCAGGCAUUUAAAACUUGAGACAUCAGGUUCAUAUACGGACGAAGGAGUGAUACUGCAGCAAGGCGUUGAUUAUGAUUCCAUUCAUCGUGAAGGAAGAAGAGUAAAUUUAGAUGACGUUGUGGUACCAAAAGGUCACGUUGUCAUAGGAGCUCGAUUCCAGCAUGAACUAGAUUCGAAGAUUCACGACCAUAAUCCGAUUCGCCUCGAGAUUUGGUCUAUACCAUUUGAUUAUGCCACGGGAACCUUAUCACCAAAAGAAUUUGCCAGAUGGAGGAGUGGCCAACCUUCACAAAAACGGGAGUCCGUCAAGUUUGACAAGCCAAUGGAUCCCCUCCAAAAUCCCCAAAAUGUGCCAUCGACAAAGGCAAAUCUCUAUGUAGACUUCCAACAAACGAAUCCGAAGAAAGAUGCUGGUCAAGCUACCAUUCCGUUUUGGGAUAUUCAACCAGUGGUCACGUCACCUAGCUUUCCACUAGAAGGUGUGGGUUUAUUCCAUAAAGGAGAUAAGGAGGGACAGUACGGAGGAUAUCUCGCAUUGCGACUUCACACUUAUAAUUUUAUCGAUAAAAUUAACAGCAACAUAUCAGAAACAUUGAAUAAAAAAUACCACGAGGUCCUAGCAAAACUCGUGGGAUUCCCAAUGGGUAUGUUUUAAGUAACACGUGACAAAUGAUUAAAUGUAAUUAAAUUUUUGUUUUUUCAAUUCAUUUAAAUAUGUUCGAUAGCCAUGUAAAAUAUGCUGUAAGAAAAUACCACAAAGAAAAAUCAAUAAGAGAGUCCGAAUACUGAAUCAGUACAUCAACUGAUGAAAAUGAAGCAUAAAUAAACGUAAGUUCCUCCAUUGA